AUGACAGGGAAAGUCAUGGCAAGAAUUGUCGAUAAUCAUUGCCACCUCGACCACAUCUUGCGCAGUAACAACUUCAAGACCGACCUGGCAGAGCAAUACCUGAUAAACUUGGUAACACAUCAGCAUUAUGUAGCCCUUGGUGAGAUUGACAUUGAUCUUACCACAUAUUUCAGAUGCAACCCCUGUGUGAGGCCAGAGGCAUGUAAGGAGCGUUUGUUGCAGACCCAGCAGGACGUUCUAGCAGAUGACAUUAAUUUGACUAGAUAUGUUGGUAAGCCAGUCAUUCUGAACUGCAGGGAUGAUGGAUCCAGUGAGGCAGCCAAACGCGCCUUUGCCAUGAUCCGCAUGAUGAACAUGACACACCAUGCUUUUCAUCGUUACUGCUUCAGGGGUUCUGUGGAGGAGCUACGCCAGUCGGAGAUGAGUUGCCUGCAGUGA